CAGUGCUAACUGUGUGGGGGAUGGAGUGGUCGAUGUGAUUGCUCUGUCCUAUUGUCCUAUAAGUGAAUAUUAGGACAAGUGAUCCAAACACUCAUACAAUUUGUCUGUCCAUCAGUAGUGGAAGUGUUAACCAAAUGUAUGAAUUGUUGCCAAAAUGAUGGAUCUAAAGGAGAGCUCAAUUAGUGUCACCUAUAACUCCGGUAGUUGUGGUGCCGUCUCUGUCGCCAAUUUAGACCCAAAUCAGCGCCAAAAUGUAUAUAAUAGUAGUGCCACUCAAGCAAACACAUCCACCGCUACUCCUGUGAUAUCACUCUUCAAACUGAAGAAUUUUUUAUAUCAACCAAAAUUCAAAACUCUCAUGACUUCUGAUGGGCCGAAUACGAACCCCACCAACAAUAUAGAUGAUGGCCGGACCGGGUCUGGCGGUUUGGACACAUCACCAUCACUGCACCAUAAUCUGUAUGGCAGUCAUACCAGUGCUGGCAAUCGUAACGCUAAUAACAAUAGCCGCCCCCAAUCACCCAAUGGUGGACAACAAAUGCUUGUUGUGCCGCAACCUCUCAAGUCGUCUAAUACUCUCUCCGGUGGGCCCACAACGAACGGCACGGGCAGAAAGUACCAAUGUAAAAUGUGCCCUCAGUUCAUAUUGUGUUGCCUCAACUUAUGGCUUCUUAGCCGUGAUUUGCAGGCAAUCAAUAUCCGAAACAACGCACUCGUCAUAUAA